AGAGCCUCCAAAAAAUAAGAAACAAGAAAAUGGAAAAGCAACUCGCCCAUUUGCAAUCAAUUUAAUCCCGGCAACCCGUUCGUUCUGUUUCCCGCGAGUUCAGGGUUUUCUCUUCUUCUGGUGGCGGAACGCUUCGGCUAUCAAUUAAUCCGGGCACUUUAGAUUUCUAUUUUCUCUUCACCCUCCGACAAGACGCUUUAGAUUUAUUAGUUUCUGAAUCAAACAAGGCGACAGAAAUCAAAUAAAAGCAUGAAGUUUGCGGUGAAGGCAUGGAGCAACGGAAAAGCAAGGGCAGGGGUGCUUCAGCUGGGCAACUGUCCCGGCCCAAUAGAGACACCGGCUCUUCUCCUCUCCACGCGUAAAGGGCUUCCCCAUUUUAUACCCCCAGACCUUCUCCCUUCUCUUCCUUCUCCUGAUUCCCAUCUCCUCCAAGUCAGUCCUCUUCAUUUCUUGGAAGGCCUUUCACCAAAAACGAUAUCAAAGAUAGGAGGAUUAAACAAGAUGCUUGGUUUGCCCGACUAUGGAUUUGCUGCCGUAGCCAGGGAUUCUAUGCAAAGUAUUCCAGAAUAUAGUAGCACCAAUAGAAUUGGAGCAUCUUUUGAGACUCGUGUUGGUCGACUUUUGAUUAAACCAGUAGAUUAUGUUGAAAUGAUUAGUUGCAUGAGGCCUAACAUAUGGGCCACUUUGGCAGAUGAAGUACCUGCGUGGGUAUCAGAGAAGAGGAACAAAACCUCUGUGGAUAGAACUGUGAGAUGGCUUGAUGAAUGCAUCGCGUUAAGCUCGGCAGGUGGGACUGUUUUUGGAUCCAUUGUCGGAGGCUCCAAUGUGGAAGAACGUGAAAGAUGUGCGCAAGAGGUAGCCGAGAGAAAUGUAUCAGGUUACUGGAUUGGAGGUUUUGGACUAGGAGAGAGCAUGGAAGAGCGCCCUGCUCUUCUUAAUGCUGUUACUGAUGUCCUACAUGAGGAGAAACCACGCCUUGUAUGUGGGCUUGGUCUUCCAGAGGAGGCCUUGCAGGGAGUUUCUGCAGGAAUCGAUCUUUUUGAUUCCGAUUAUAUAUACCAUGUCACCCUUGGAGGCUUUGCACUUACAUUUCCGCCAAGUGGAGUUGAUAUUAGUGCAUCUGAAUUUUGCCCCAGUUAUGAUGGAAGUGAACGGACAAAGAUUAAUUUGAGAGCAACAAUUUUUAGGAAAGAUACAUCACCGAUUGUUGAAAACUGUAGCUGCUAUACAUGCCAGAAUCAUACAAAAGCUUACAUCAAUCACCUGCUUAAUGUCCACGAAAUGCUCGCUCAGAUUCUGCUAGAAAUACAUAAUACUCACCAUUACCUAAAGUUCUUCAAGUCAAUAAGAGAAGCAAUCAGGGCUGGUGAGUUCGAUCAGUUUCGCCGGAGAUUCAUUGAGAGUAGGCGUGCGUGUGAUCAUCUUGCUCUAACCGAUGAUCGUGCUAUGGCCGCAGUUGCUGUCUGCAUCUGAGCUUAAAACUGAUUUCAACAAAAGUCGCAAUUUUGAUAACAUUUUUGGAGAGGAGAGUUGUAGUUGCAGCGUGUAGUGUUAUAUGAACAAUGUGCGUUUUAACUUUUACGCAAACAUACUCUUGUCCUGAGAUGUAAGGAUUUACAUCUGUUCAACUUAGACAUUUUUUCGUCUUUGCUUUUGUGCAUUGUAGAACUUGCAAUGCCGGCAUUGCCUGAUACCAAUGAAACCUACUUCAUACAGAAUUAUUAGA